AUGCAAGUACAAAGAAAGGAUCAUAGCAAAUUAGCAAUAAUUGGGAAUGUAGAUUCAGGUAAAUCAACAUUAGUUGGUGUGUUGACAAAAGGAAUUUUAGAUGAUGGAAGAGGUGGUGCAAGAGAAGUAUAAUAAUUCAUUUAAAUUUAAGCGUGUCUUUAAUUAUAAACAUGAGAAAGAAAAUGGAAGGACUUCAUCUGUAGCAUAAGAAAUAAUGGGCUUUGAUGAGAAUCUUAAAUAGGUAUUACCUGAGAGAUUCAAUCAAAAUAAAAACAAAUACUGGAGUUAAGUUGUAGAGAAGAGUUAAAAGAUUGUCACAUUCUUAGAUUUAUGUGGUCAUGAGAAAUAUUUGAAAACAACUAUUUUUGGUUUAGUAGCAAUGAUUCCUGAUUACUCAUUAAUAAUUGUUGGUGCAAAUAUGGGUGUAUCAAAAAUGACCAGAGAACAUUUAGGUGUAAGUCUCUUUUUAAAAAUACCUUUCGCAAUAGUCUUAACAAAAGUUGACAUAGCUCCAUAAAAUAUUUAUAAUGAAACACUUGAACAUAUAAAAUCUUUGAUUAAGAGUCCUGCUAUAAAAAGGACAGCUAUAUUAUUUGAUGAAAAAUCUGAUUUAAAUGAAAUAGAUAAAUGGGCAGGAUUAAUGCAUGGCAAUAAUGUUGUACCCAUUUUCUAAGUUUCCAGUGUGUCAGGAAAUGGAUUAUAGUAAUUGACACGUUUCAUAAGUGCAGUUCCAAAUAGAGAUUAACUAAAUAAAGCUUAUCAAACUAUUAAUGAUCCAUUACAAUUUGAUAUCUAAGAAAAUUUCAACGUUCCAGGUGUCGGGAUUGUAGUUAGUGGUAUAGUAAGAAGUGGAAAAGCAAUUCUAAAUUAACAUGUACUUUUGGGUCCAGAUAAAGCUAAAUGUAUAUUUUGUGAUUCAAUAUUAGAAUUUAAGCCUGUGACUAUUAAAUCAAUUCAUAUUAAUAGAGUAUUGACGGAUUCUGCUUAAGUAGGAGAAUUUGCUUGUUUUUCUCUUAAACCAUCCAAAGCUGGUGAUAGAUUAGAUAGAGCUGAUUUUAGAAAGGGGAUGAUUAUCAUAGAUCCUGCUAUAAAAUAAGAACCUGCAACUGAAUUCGAAGUAUAAUAUUUAUUCUAAAUCAGGCAAACAUUCAUAUACUUCAUCAUCCUACAACUAUGAGUAAGGGAUAUCAAGCAGUAAUGCAUUGUGGAGUUGUUAGAUAAGCAGUUGAGAUUAAAAGCAUAUUAUAACAUGAAGUAUUAAGAACAGGGGAUGUUGAUACUGUUAGGUAAUAUUCAAUUUUAAUUGUUAGAUUAAAAUUUUUAUAUGCAGCUGAAUAUUUAUAAACUGACUAAAUUAUAGUAAUAAGAGAGGGUAGAACUAAAAUAUUUGGAUACAUAUCUAAAUUAAUAACAGAUAAAUAAUUAGAAGAUGAGAAGAAAACCAAUGCUAACUAAAUUCUUUAAGUUAAACAAUAAUUUUGA